AUGUGUACUCUACUUUUGAAAGCAUUCUACAUCCUCCUACCCUUCUUUUUCUUCUUCUUCUCUAUUCCUCCUCCUCUUCUAUUUAUUCCUCGCUGUCUUCUCUCUUACUCUUCUUCGUCUUCUUUUUCUUCUUCCCUCUUUCUCCCCGUCUUCUUUUUCUUCCUCAACGUCUUCUUCUUCUUUCUCUUUUGUCUCUUUUUUCUCUUCAUCCUCUGCUUCUUUUUCUUCUUCAUCGUUUUUCUUCGUCCUCCUCUUUUUCUUCUCCUUUCUCCUCCUCUUUUCUCCUUUUUCUCUCUUCACGCUCUUCUUUAUUUUCUUCGUUGUCUUCCUUCUUCUUCUUCUUCUUCUUCUUCUUCUUCUUCUUCUUCUUCUUCUUCUUCUUCUUUUUUCUCCUCGUCCUCCCAAGAAGAGUUGCGUGUUAAACAUCGCUUUACGCCAGAUGCUCUUCUUUCUAUCUGUCUUUCUGCGUGUCUAUCUUUUCCUGAAGACACAACCAAAAAUACCUCUUCCGUUUCCUGUUUGCAGAAGCAGGCACGACAGGAAUCUUGA